CUUGGCUCUGUGCUUCUGAGGAUGAAGUGCGAAAUACUCUCUCGAUUUGCAACGGGCCCUUGGUCCAUCUUCAGACUCACAGUUCAAUAAGGAUAAAUUUGCUUGUAAUUCUGAUAAGGAGGCAAUGGAUGCAAUUUCAAGUCCUACUGGUGGUUCGAUACUUAAAGUUCCUUCAAUUUCAGAGUCAGAUUGGCGAGAGCCGUCACUACAAUUAUGUAAUCCAAUGGUGUCGCAGACUCAUGGAUCUAACAGAGUUUAUGAUGCUUUCCAUUUGUUGCAGAGCGACACGGCUAUUCAGAGGAUGGUUAUUUCCUUAUCUUCUGAUAAUACUGUUUGGGAUGCUGUCUUGAACAAUGAAGUAGUAAAGGAGCUUCGAGAGUUAUUCUAUGAAGCUGAAAAUAAUGCUCUUCCAAGCUCAGCUGAAAGUGUUGUCAACGAUAGUCUUUCAAGCUUAAACGAAAUUUCUGAACAAUCCAAUGCAGCGACAAGCAUACUGAAGUGGAUUUUUGAUGGCCCCAAGACAAAAGUCAUGGAGCUUGUGGAGAAAAUCUUGAAUCUUAUGAAUGACUUGUUUCAGGCUCCUAAUAGCAAGCGUGAUAAGGCAACAACAGAAGCAACUGCAGAUCCAUUCAUGCAAAAAUGA